ACCACACACAUUUCAAGUCGCGGUGCCAGUGGAGCGCAGUCAGUUCAGAGUUUUUGAGCUUGAGUUUCAGUCUCAGUUUUUUCAAGUGCGGUUCCGUCGGUCCCGAUCCCAACUAAAAUACAAAUAACUACACUCGCAAAAUGAAGAAGUUUCUCGUGGUGUUUGUGGCAUUAUUCGGAGCCGCUGUGGCCCAAAGUAGCUUUAAGUGUCCCGAUGACUUUGGAUUCUAUCCACAUGACACGUCCUGCGACAAGUACUGGAAGUGCGACAACGGCGUUUCCGAGCUGAAGACCUGCGGAAACGGUCUGGCUUUCGAUGCCACAGACUCCAAAUACCUCACCGAAAACUGCGACUAUCUGCACAACGUGGAUUGCGGCGAUCGCACAGAGCUGGAGCCCCCAAUCACCACCCCCCACUGCUCCCGCCUGUACGGCAUCUUCCCCGAUGAGAACAAGUGCGACGUGUUCUGGAACUGCUGGAACGGCGAGCCCUCCAGAUACCAGUGCUCCCCCGGAUUGGCUUACGAUCGCGAUGCUCGCGUGUGCAUGUGGGCUGACCAGGUGCCUGAGUGCAAGAACGAAGAGGUGGCCAACGGAUUCUCCUGCCCGGCGGCUGGUGAGCUGGCCAAUGCCGGUUCCUUCUCGCGCCAUGCCCAUCCCGAGGACUGCCGCAAGUACUACAUCUGCCUGGAGGGCGUGGCCCGCGAGUACGGAUGCCCCAUCGGCACAGUGUUCAAGAUUGGCGACAGUGAUGGCACUGGCAACUGCGAGGAUCCCGAGGAUGUUCCCGGGUGCGAGGAUUACUAUGGCGAUGUCGACCUGAAGGCUCUGAAAAAAUUGGGUUUUUAAGAAUACAGGCCCAUAUAACACACACAAAAUUUAAGUCACGGCAGUUGAGGCCUGAAAGUCACUGCAGAAAGGCAAGAAGAGAGGCGCACCAAAAGAAGCCAAAGGAUGACGAAGGAUCAGAAGGAAACCACAAUAACAGUGGGCUUAAAUGCUUGCCACACGUACACUCAGAACAAUUUUCGAGCCUGUAUAAUCCGGACAAUAACUUUGAAAAAAACUACAUUUCUGUUUCAAUUUAGUACAUUCAGUUACAACGGGUUUUGAUUAUAACAAAAAGAGUUUAUAUCUUGAGUCAAGCAUGUUAAGUGAGAGAUUUCUCACAGUGCAAAUACAGAGAUACACAAGCACACACAUAUCACAGGCAUACAAAGUAAAGUAUGCACUCAGAAUACAUAUGUAAGAAUCGUACAGUUGCUUUUAAAGACUGACCACAGAAUUGCCCCAAAAAACAAGCCGAUGGACAAAUAGUCGAAAGUGCAGUUGAGCACCUUUAAGUUGAAGUAAUAAUUAAAGUAUCCAAUCACAUUAGCUAUGGAUUGAAGACCCUCUUGCGUCGUGGGAAUUCCAAGAAACCUUUGAUGAGCCGGCGGCGAAUUCCGCGUAUUCCACGGUUACCACAGUGGCCGCAAAGUCAAAUUUAACUUAUUUAACUAAAUACUCACGAAACCACACACACAGACCGCCCAUGAUUCCCAGACCCUCUAAUAACUUCAAUGUAUUGUACAUAAAUAGAAGCAGUUUAGGACUUAAGUGUAAAGCUGAAAUAAAAUAAAGUUUUUCUUUAAAAUUAAA